AUGGUGGAGCUUGCAGCGGUCAUUUGCUGGAGCUGGAGUCGCUGGAGCAAGUUGGAGCUGCUGCUGGCUGGAGCGAACGGUUCUCCCGGCGCAAGACAUAUCGGCCCUCCCGCGUGCUACACUGCCCCGCGAGCGAGCGAGUGCCUGAGGUCGCCGAGUCGCACCGGGCGCCUCGUGGCCUAUGAAGCAAAAGCUCACGCACAUGGCUGCUGGGGAGGAGGGGGAUGGAGGCAUCAACGAUGCGAGAUGAUUGUGGUUGUCGUCAUGAUGUGGAUGGCAGUGUUUGGUCGUGGACGAAUCCAAAAAGCAGGCAUGGCGGGCGGGCAGCAUGGCAACAAUGGCCGCCGCCGCCGCCUUCGCCGCUCAGCAAGGCCAGCAAAGCACGGUGCGACCAUGACGGGCUGUAGGCCUGCUCGUACCGUGGUUCGUAAGCUGUCGCAUGUCCCGAGCUAUGUCCUUCGCGAAGGACGCGACACAAGGAAGGACGCAGAGACGGCCCGUCGACGACUCAAGAGCCCCGAGGUGCUCCCACUAAGUACAGACACUACUGUGCCACUUCUGCGUGCAUGCGUGGGCGACGCCGCCGCCUCUGGCAGCUGCUUCUGCAACGACGGCUGGGAGGCGGCCGCGCGGAGCAGACUCGACAGACAAGCAGCGCUGGCUGGCACGGCGAGGCGGCCGCGGGCGGAGCUGGGAGUGCGAGGGCGGUGGUGA